AUGAUAUCGCUGGUACUCUGUUUCUGUUUGGCAGUUGUCGUAACGGCUGCUCCUGGACGUGAUUACAUCGAACUUGCACGUGGUGGUCGUAUUGUCGGGGGCAUCAAUGCGCUGCCGCAUGAGUUCCCAAGUGUUGUAUCCCUACAGCGCUUAAUCCUUACACAGUCCACCCACGUUUGUGGCGGAACUAUCCUCACUCAACGAUGGGCCAUGACUGCCGGCCACUGCAUACUUCAUUCACCAGAAGGCGCACGCUUUGCGAUCUGGGCUGGAUCACAUGAAAUCUUGUCAUCGGAACCGAACAGACAAGUAAUUAACGUCGAUCAUUCUAUAAUUCACCCUGAAUAUCUCGGAGGAGUUAACCCAUCGGACAUUGCUCUCAUGUUUUUGGCGAAUUACUUGAAUUUCAAUGACUUUGUACAACCUUCGGUACUUCCUGCGCAAGGAGAUCUCGCCGUGCCCGGACCGGCCACCCUCGCAGGAUGGGGCAGCACAUCUGGCAGCGUUAACAUUAUGCCGUCGACCUUGCAAAAGGUCCAGAAACCGAUUAUCGAUUUCGAUACUUGUGAGGAAGCGAACGGAGGGCCAGGAAACACUCCGCUUGGACCGACCAACGUUUGCACGGGACCGCUGACCGGUGGAAUUUCCGCGUGCGCAGGCGAUUCCGGUGGUCCAUUGCUCGUCAUCGAAAAUGGAGUACAGACGCAGGUCGGCAUUGUUUCCUGGGGAUGGGUUCCCUGUGGUUCUAUUGGUCGCCCAUCGGUGUAUGUGGGUGUCGCAAGCUACCGCUCUUGGAUUGAUGAAACUAUUAACUGA